UAUGUACAUUGUACAACAUUAUAAACAAGGUUAUUUGCGUCGCUUUUUUAUAAUAAAGUGACGCAAAUAACUCUUUUGGCUUUAAGUUUUUCUGCGUUUAUUACCUUAGUUUUUCAUCAGGUACCUACAUUCACUAUACAAAAAGAAAAAAAAACAAGAGUUCUUAAAUUCCAGCGAAUUUCUACAGAAAAACACCCACAAAUUUGUCUCUGAAAUCCAACAAAUUCGGCCAAAAACUUGCGUUUCCCCAGCAAAUUUAACAUCUAAAAUCGCAGUGAAGUCGAAGACCCAUAAUCGGCUGCAAAUCCGAGCAAUUUCGAGCAAAAAUAUAGACCAAAAACCCUAAGAAAUUCGAAGCCUUAAACCCAGAAAAAUUGAUUGUUUCCGACCAAAAAUCCCCCAUUUCGAGGAAAAAAUCACCCCAAAAGCAUACAAAUUCGAACCCUAAAAAUCCCAAAAAAUUCAAUUUCGGUCUUCAAGUUCGAUUGGGGGAUUUCGUGGGGGGAUUUCUAGGGUUUUUGGCAGCGACGCAAUAUACCCUAAGAAAUUCGUCCCAUUUCAGUCAUAAAUAAUUUUUGUUCGAAUUUCAGUCAAGAAAUUAUAGCAACAAUAGGUUAAGUCAAGAAAUUACAGCAACAAUAAUUGUUUGAAUUACGUCUUUUUCUGGGUUCAAGUCAAGAAAUUAUAGCAACAAAAAUUCGAGCAAUAACUGAAAUUUUCGAGUGGAAAAAUCGCUUAAUUUCGCCCCAAAAAACCCGAGGAGGUUCAAGCAAAUUACAGCAACAACAAUUGAAGUUCGAUUUCAGCUCGACAUUGUUGAAUUUUUGAAGUCAAUUCCACCUAUGUACUUGGAUGAAAACAAGUCUUUGAUUCUGAAGAUUGUGGAAAGCCAGAAUUCGGGGAAGAUUAAUGAGUGUGCUGAAUUCUUAAUUAUGCGGAAGUGAAUUCCACAAGUUGCUCGAGGUUCUGGUUGUGGACAAACGAUUAAGGCGGUAGUACGCAUACGAGAUUGUCUUCACUUGUGUUUGCCGGAUAGGACAUAUGCUUGGCUUCUAGCAAGAUCAAUAGAAGAUGAUAAGGGAAAUCCUUAUUUGCCGGAUGAGAAAACAAGAGAGGUGAAAGAAUCCAUUGAUAAUUGGAGAAAGCAACAAGCUGAAGGAAACUUUGUUCCUAAUAGGCAUGAUGAUAUCUUAUCUCGUGCCCUUGGGAAAAAAGAUCGUAAUGGUCGGGCAAUAGCAUUUGGCAGUGGAAUUGGCAUUAAAGCUGUAUGGGGAUCCGGAGAGAGGCGUAGUGGCCGACGGGGUAGGGAAUUCGGAGAUGAUGAGCUGGAAGAAUUAGAGGUAAGAGUAGCCCGGAGGGUACGAGAGGAGACUAUGUAGGGCCUUGAGUGACUUACUCGAUACGGAGGAAGUGGCUUCCAUUGCAUUCAUGUGUCCGGAAAUGAUUUCAGAAACCUAUUUGCAUAGUGAUGCUGAUCGUAUCCUACUAUACAUGACACAUGUGAUGGAAAAACAAAAAUCUAAGCAGUUCAUCUUAUGCCCAUACCAUGAAAAGAAUCAUUGGAUUCUUUUGGUCUUAUGCAUGGCUAAGCGUGAAGUCAUCAUCUUUGAUUCUUUGAGGCAGAAGCGAAAUUUAGCAAUUAAGUUUGCAAUGACAAAUGCUUUUCGAAGUUUUAAGGCAUUAAGUGGACAAUCUAGGGGAAGUAAAUUGAUAUGGCAUUUGGGACAGUGUCCUCAACAAUUGGGUGGACGUGAGUGUGGCUACUACGUCAUGCCUUAUAUGUACGAAAUACUUGAACAUCACCAUAGCAGUGAAGAUCUUAUUCAGGAUUUUUCAAGAACUACACCGUACACCGAGGAGGAGAUAAAUGAGAUUCGAGAUAUUUGGGCAGAGUAUUUUAUAUGUAAUGUUGAACUUUAGAUUUACCACUUAGCGCAUGUUUGACUCUUGUUUUGGAUGAUAGGCUUGAAAUGAAGUAAUUUGGUUAAUUGGUGUUGGGAUGAUGAGUAUAAUGUCUAUGAUAUUGAGAUGUAAAUUAUUGGACAGGUUGUUAAUAUAAUGCCGUCAUUCCCAAUUUUAUGGGUAGGCCAAAUUACAAA